GAAGACGCAGGCGCAGCCGUCUGCCCGCGCCUUUCGCCUGUGUUGAGAUCUUGAGAAACCGGCUGCCCACGCUUUCCCUAUAUGAAGGCAGGGAAUACUCCCCACCCCAUGACUCGGUGUCUAGAUCUUUCAAGAUGGUGGUGGCGAAGUCGAAUGCCGGUGGGGCUGCUACCUCCUAUUUCCGUACAGCCAAACCCCUGCCUUCGCUGGUCACGGUCCUGGGGCUGGGAUAUUUCGGGUGGAUGAUCUUCUGGCCUGAGGCUAUUCCUUAUCAGAGCCUAGGGCCGCUGGGCCCCUUCACUCAGUACUUGCUGGAGCAUCAUCACACCCUCGUGCACAGUUGGUAUUGGCUUGCCUGGCUGAUUCACGUGGGAGAGUCCUUGUAUGCCAUUGUAUUGUGCAGGUCUAAAGGCAUCACGAAUAGUUGGACUCAACUACUCUGGUUCCUGCAGACGUUCCUUUUUGGGAUGGCGUCUCUCUAUUACUUGAUUGAUUACAGACCAAGACACCAUAAACAAACUUAAAAAAGAUAUCCAAAAAAGCCUGAAUCACUAUUUUGUACACUUGAAACUAAUAUAAUAUUGUAAACCAACUAUACUUCAAUUUAUAAAAAAGAGAGAAAAUAUAGCAUAUAAAGUUCCUAGGAGAAAAAAAAGAUGUUCAAAAGCUCUCUCUACAGUGACAUUCAGCCUCACCUUUUUUGGGGGGUGCUGUGUUUAUUUGCUCUUUCUAGAAAGUUAUGACCCUCUAGUUAUUCAUUGUUUCUUCAUCUGCUCUGGUUAAACUUGAGUAGAUAGUAGGAAAAGAUUUUAGCUUCCCAGUUCUGCAGACUAACCUAUUUGGCAGAGGGCUUCCAGCUACCUUCUUGCGGUCCUUGGCUGUGUUGGCAUUCUCCCUGUCACCUGGUUUAAGCCACAUACUAAGUUUGCUUGUUGGGAUAUCUUUGCUCCUACCUUCUGAUUAAAACACCUUACCCUUACCACCACCAUCUUAUCAGCUCUCCUUUCCCCCAAUUUUUUUUCCACCCACCUGGACCAAAAUAGAGUGACACUUCCAUAACACAUCAGUUCCACCCACAUUUGUUAGAUACCUGUGAGAUGGGAUCUUCUCCUCCCAGGCUUCCAUUUCAGAUUAUGGAGAAAGAUAAGACAAGCAAGUGCCUGGAAUGGGGUGGGCCAAGAGGUGACACAGAGGCACAGAGGACAUUCUGGGAACCAAGAAGGAAUGACUGGGGAAUGCUAUCUCUGCUGCUGCCAGCCAGAAGUGAUGCUUCCCUCCACUCGGACCCUCCGACAUAGUGCUCUGUAUGUGCAGGGUCUGAUGGCCACCUUCAAGUCAGGACCACAUCUUAAGACAGCUUCGUUUUUUCCUCUAGCACCUGUCCCAUUGCCUCACACACAGGUGUUCUCUCAGUGUUUACCGAACAAAGGAGGGAAACUCUGAUUUCACUUUGCACUUGUUCAGCAUCAUUCCAAUUUUUAUCUGAAAGCUGCAGAACCCAUUCAGUGUACCCUUGCAUCAGAGAAAAGCGCAGGACGGCCCUUGACUGGUACCGCCAUGUUUCUGUGGGUCCUCUGGUGGGAAACCCAUAUCUUUUUCACACUUUCCUAUUCUUGGUCACUUUUUCCAGACACUGUAGAUGUCUCCCUCCAGUUCUGACUCACUCAGCUAUUCCUGUUCUAGAGAGUCUACACCAUGGGUUCUCCAACUAGUUACUACCUCUCUCAUUCACCUGGUUAUAACUUAACUACUGACUGGUUGGGACAGGAGGGUUACUGACUCACCUCAAGGAAUCUUUAGGGCUCCUUUCCUGGAGGACCCCCUGCUUGUUCACUAGGGACUAGACCUUAUUUUCCUUCCAUGACACAGUAAGUCAUGUUAUUUAUUUUAAGCAAACACGAGAAACAGUCCCCCUCCCCCCAAGAAAGAGGCCUCAAGUAAAAGCAUAACCAUGAAAGAUGAUGGACUAUGAAUUGGUUUUGGUGGAAAUCAACUUCUACACAUAAAUCCCAGUCUUUGUUUCUCUUGUGAUUAAGAGGUUAUUAUUAAUGGUGCCAAGGAUAAUAUGGCAGAUUACUGAAUGAAAUGUAUUAACUUGAAUAAAAUGUUGUGAAUUGUG